UCCUCUUUCUUCUCUUCCACUCUUCCUUUGUCCCUUUCGUCUCACUUUUUUUUUUCUUUUCCCUCGUGCUCAUUCGUUAAUCCUCCUUACGCAUCAAAGUUGUAUCGCUACAAUGGCUUACUCAACACUCACCAGAGCCGAGUUGCGAGACCGCAUUCGAGGGUGUCUGAUCGGCUCCGCAGUUGGCGAUGCUUACGGCCUCGCUACUGAGUUCAUGAGCCGCAGCACAGUCGAGGUCAUCUAUGGCAACGGGCCCAUAGCCUUCGGACGCGAUCCAGGUUAUCCGGUAUGGGAGGAUCACCAUCGAUCGAUCGCGGACCGAAACGAUUUCACAGACGAUACCGACCAACUGCUUCUCAUCCUUCAAUCCCUGCAACAAACGAGAGAUGGGAAGCUGGACCCGGUCAAUUUCGCUCACAGGCUGCUCGAAUGGUUAUAUCAGGGGAUCCCGGAGAUAGGUACAGACCCCGGGCGCGGACUAGGUUUUACCGUCGGCCAAGUCAUUCACCAUCCGUUGUUCAAAAAGAACCCGCACAGGGCAGCAUUUGAGGUGUGGGACGCUUCUGGACGCAAUUUAGCCCCCAAUGGGGCUGUGAUGCGUACAGCUGUUCUUGGUAUCGAAUCCUUUUGGGAUGAACCCCGCGUAGUAGAAAAUACGAUGGCGGCUGCAAAGGUCACCCACGCGGAUCCACGCUCGGUCGUUAGCGCUCUUGUCUCGUCAGUGCUAAUUUCGCGGCUCCUUCGCGGAGGCGGGCUUGAUGCUGUUCAUGAUAGCACCUGCAUUUGGAACCCCAAGCUAGGUGACCACGAGUAUCGGCGGGAGCUGCUCUCUUAUCUGCAGCGCGGGACGAACAUGCAGCACGGCCAAUUCUUAAACCCAGUUUAUCCCGAGGCAACCUCAUCCAACCAAUACCGCCCUAAGGAUUAUGAGGCACUGGGGGCGAAGCUUUUGGAAGAAGAAGCACAAUCCGAAGAGUCAUACAGAGCGCAGCUCAAGAACCGCAGUCAUUUGGGUUGGAAUAUGAAACGUCCGCAGGUCAUCUUUCGUCCGGAUAAAGGCUGGUCUGGCAUCGACUGUGUAGGCGAGGAUGAGGCUAUGGGCGCAUUAGCACGUUCUGUUGUAGCCGAUUACAAGUUUUUGCUGCAGGAAACUGAUGUCGCCCCAACUACCAAACCGGAAGAACAACAUUACCAAGAACGAUGGGCCACAGAGUUGGAAGCCCAUUGUUUCCCACAAUCCUUGCGUCAGCUCGAAUUGGGUGAAGGCACGAAAAUCGGUUAUACUUUUAAGUGCAUUGGUGUGGCAUACUACGGCGCCACUCGGCGUGUGGACCCCUCUCCAACGGCACCAGAGUAUAGUGGUCCAGCAGGGCUGUUUCGAGGCGUUAUGGAGCAGGUCACUUUGCAGGGCGGGGAUGCAGACACCAAUGACGCUGUCAUGGGCUCGCUGCUCGGUGCCCGGUUUGGACUCGAAAAGGGUAUUCCUACUGGCUGGUGGACGGAGCUCCAGCACUUGAAAUGGUUUGAAGACACAGUCGAUCAGUUCUUAGAUCGUGUUCUCUCUCAGUACGAUACAGCGGCUAUUUAAAUACAGGGGUGUGUAAUGCUAUUUUGAACGAAUAAAGGUAC